UUUGGUAGACCCUGAAUGGUUUGAGUUUGAUUAAAUUUUCUUCGCUGUUUGCAAAAGGGAUUUAACAUAUGUCAUUUUUUUGGUAUUCAGAAACAUGUCGGAUCUUUGAGAUAUUAAUAAAGGACGUAUAUUGAAUUCUGGUAAAGAAAGACUGUUCUGUGAGAAGAACAAUGGCACGGAUAACAAACAAGAAUUGCCAAAGAGAAGCCCACUUUACAUUUAUUUGGAUAAUUGAAAAUGGCUCUGCUCUGCUGGUUCCAAAUUACGUAAAGAGUCCGGAGUUCACUGUACGGUCAAUGGAAAGGACAAAAUGGAUGUUGUCCUUGGAAACAGUUUCCGAUUUUGAAAGUUUCGAAAUUUAUAUAAACAGAAGGGAUGACAAUGGUCCAGACAGCAUACAAAUGGAAUUCGAACUCUCUCUUCUAGACAUCAAUGGAAUUCCUUUGAAGAUGGAAUCAUCUAAAACAGAACUUAAGAAAAAAGCAGACCUGAAAUUAUUUGAUCAUGAAGUACUGAAUCAAAGUAGAGCUGAGAUCUUAUCAAAUGAUGCGCUCACUGUUCGCUGCCGAAUGUGGCGAACUGGAGCAGAAGCACUGAAAUCCGAAAUGUGCUUUGCUCGCACUUGCAUGGGAAUGGACCGACGUUCUUUUAUUUGGGCCAUUAGAGAAUUCAGUAGCAUUCAACAGGAAGAGAAAAGAACAUACUAUCUCAAUCCAAGAUCACGUGGAUCCCCACAAUUGGUACUGAAUCUCUUUUUGAGUGAAAAAGAAGGUGAAAAUUACGUGAACAUUGAAAUAUCUCGAAAUGAUACCACAAAGAGCCAUUUUAUUCUUUGCAGAAUCUCUCUCUUAGACAAUUAUGGAAGAGUAGUGCAUUCCAAGAAAACUGUGUCCUUUGCUUGUGCUAAUUAUAAAGAAAUUGAUACAAUUCAAUUCUACUCAAAGGAGAAGCUUAUGACUGAUAAGUCUUCCUUAUUGCAGAACGAUGUUUUAUUUUUGAGAUGUGAAUUUCAAGUUGAAACUGAACCAAUAUGGAGUGGGAUUGAAAAUUACAGAUAUUUAAAUUUAGAAAACCUGCAACAGGAAACGAUUGAAAUGCGUCAAAUGCAGCUAACAAUACCGAACGAGUGCUGCACUUCUGGUUGUCCCUUCAAAAAGACCUUAGAAGUUAUGCACGGAGAUGAAAACUUGAGCGAUGUCACCCUCCAGGCAGGGGGGAAGUCACUGCAACAGGAAACGACUGAAGAAAACCUGCAACAGGGAACGACUGAAAUGCGUCAAAUGCAGCUAGCAAUACCGAAGGAGUGCUGCACUUCUGGUUGUCCCUUCAAAAAGACCUUAGAAGUUAUGCACGGAGAUGAAAACUUGAACGAUGUCACCCUCCGGGCAGGGGGGAAGUCACUGCAACAGGAAACGACUGAAGAAAACCUGCAACAGGAAACGACUGAAAUGCGUCAAAUGCAGCUAGCAAUACCGAAGGAGUGCUGCACUUCUGGUUGUCCCUUCAAAAAGACCUUAGAAGUUAUGCACGGAGAUGAAAACUUGAGCGAUGUCACUCUCCGGGCAGAUGGGAAGUCACUGCCUGCUCAUAAAAGUGUCCUGAGUGCCCGCUCUCCGGUCUUCAAAGUCAUGUUCACACAUGACAUGAGGGAGAAGACAAGUAAAAUUGUCGAUAUUCCCGAUUUCAACGCUGACACCGUGGGCUGUUUGCUACUAUACAUUUACAAGAAUACUGUUGAAAAUCUUGAGUGGGAAGGUGUAGUGGAUCUUUUCAGGGCUGCAGAUAAAUAUCAAUUAUUGGAUCUUAAGAAGAAAUGCUCUAUAAUCUUAAAAUCGAACUUUUCGGUGUCCAGUGUUUGUACAAUUUUAUCGCUAGCUGAUAUGCACGAAGAAAGAGAUUUGCUAAAAGCUGCAGAAGAUUUUAUUUCAAGACAUGAUAAUGAAGUGUUUGAUUCUGAUGAGUGGAAGACCCUUAAAGAAGAAAAUUUUCAUUUGGCUAUGGAAGUAAUGGAGCGGAUUAUUCGUUUGGGCAAACAAAAAAUAUAUUAAAUGUUUCUUUGAUAUUUCUUCUUUCUCUCUUUAAAAAGCUAAAUGUUAACCCAUGAAUUCCCAAAUUCAGAAGUUAGAUUGAGUGAUGAGAAAGUUUUCGAUGUCCAGUAUUGCCACAAUUGCAUCACUCACAAAUGUAUGUAGACAGUGAUCUGCUAAAAGCUUCAAAAGAUAUUAUAUCAAGACACGAUAACAAAAUCUUCGAAUCCUAAGUGAGUGGGAAAAAAAAGAAGAAAACUUUUGAUUAGAUUUGGAAAUAAAAGGUUCGGGUAAGGGUACCAUAUGAAUGACAUUUCAUCUAUUCGAAAGGAAUGUAGCGAAUUUCAUGAGAAAAUCUUUUGAAAUACAGGGGGAUUCAUAAAGAAAUAUACACUUUCCAGAUGCUUUAAAACAGUAACAGUCAAAGACACGCACCACCUUAGCUAAUCGGAAGAUAAAUUGUACUCUUAAAGUAUGUGUCUCGUCCUUGACAGAAGUCACAUAGGAAGUAGUAUGUGUGUCAUGCGACUAGUCAGUUGAAAUGGUAUCUGCAGUGGAAAAGGUUUUUUUUUGUGUCCAUCAAUUUAGCACAACGGAAUACACAACUGUUGUUGUGCAAUGGGAUUUUCGAUCACAAUUCGGAAAAGAAGUUCCAAUUAAGAAAAUGUAUCCAUCAAUGGCAUGAAAAAUUUUAAACUAUGGACUGUUUGUGCAAAGGUAUGAGUUCCUGAUGACUGACUGCAUCACAAGAAUUCAUCAUUCAACGAAGCCCAGAAAAAUCAAUGCAGAGGGUGAGUCGUGAAAUCCCAAUUUCUCAACCCAUCGUCUGGAGAAUUUUGAGAAAGAAGCUGAAAAUGAUUCCAUACGAAGUGCAGGUGUUGCAAAAUAUGAACGACUUUAAAAAACAAAAGGGACUUUGGAAUUUGUGCCAAUAUGCAACUUUAUUUUAAAAAUGAUGAUUUUGCCGUUCACUUUGUUUUCAUUGAUGAAGCAACAUUUCAUGUCAGAGAGAAGAUACACAAGCACAAUGUUCCCUUUUGGGGAAGACUGAAUUACAAAUUCACAGAGCAGUACAGACGAGAUUCUCCUAAGGCAAAUUAGUUCUGUGCAGUGUCCGAAAAGAAAGUGUAUGGCCCCUUAUAAGAAGUCAAGCAUAGAACAUCUGCGAAUGUCUCUAAUAAAACUUAAAAUAUCACUUACAAUUCAGUUGCAGGUAACAUAAUACAUUGUUCUUGAUUUAUAGUGCAUUGAUACUGUAUAAUCACCCUGUAUAAAAGAAUAUUUUCAAUGCUGCUGCUAUUAUUUAAUUCUGGAAUUUUGUUCAAGGUAUGAAGAUUUAUCUUAUUUUUUAUGACUGUAAGGGUUCUGUUUAAAACAUGCUUUUAAUAAAAUCUGAUUCUAUGACAAAUGUAAUUAACGUUAACUUAAUGAUUAGAGUUUUCGUAAUAUAAAAGUCUAUAAAUGUGAGAGCAUUAUUACAAUUUUUAAUUGUGAAAAUUUUUAUUGUAUAAUCCACUAAUAUAAUUCGUAAAUCAAGAAAUAUAUUGUGUAG